AUGAUGAUAAUACUGCUGUUGUUUCUAUCCUCUCAGUUGAGGGAUGCCGCGGCCGCCUGGACCUCUGCUUCUGCCACUUUCUACGGAGGAAGCGAUGGGUCUGGCACCAUGGGUGGGUCUUUUCCUCCUCCUCCUCCUCAUUCUUCAUCUUCAGGGUUUGGGAAGAUGUGUGCCUAACCUGUGGAGCAUGAAAUCCGGUACAGGGGGAGCCUGCGGAUACGGGAACCUCUACUCGGAUGGAUAUGGGAUAAACAACGCGGCGCUGAGCACGGUGCUGUUCAACAACGGGGCGACCUGCGGUUCUUGCUAUCAGAUAGUGUGCGACGCCGGAAAGGCGCCGCAGUGGUGUCGCAAGGACAAGUACAUUACCGUCACUGCCACCAACUUCUGCCCGCCAAACAACGCCCUUCCCAACGACAACGGCGGCUGGUGCAACACCCCGCGCCGACAUUUCGACAUGUCCCAGCCUGCGUGGGAGACCAUCGCCAUAUACAGAGCAGGCAUCGUGCCCAUCCUCUACCAAAGGUGAUAUGUCGUCGAGCACCCACUAAUACGCUUCUCUCUCUCUGCCUCUCCCGCCCCCCUCCGCCCCCCAACCCCCUACCCCCCCCCCAACUAACUCAUAUCUAUUUCCUUGGUUCUUUUCAGGGUGAGCUGCAAACGGAGCGGUGGGAUGAGGUUUACCAUCAACGGCAGGGACUACUUCGAAUUGGUGCUGGUGACGAACGUGGCCGGAGCCGGAGACGUGGCGGCCAUGUGGAUCAAGGGGUCCAGGACCGGGUGGCAGGUGAUGACCCGGAACUGGGGUACCAACUGGCAGUCGCUCUCUUACCUCAACGGGCAGAGCCUCUCCUUCCGGGUCCAGCUUAGCGACGGUCAGGUCCGGACUGCCAACAACGUGGCGCCCUCCAACUGGAGGUUCGGCCAAACCUACGCCACGUCCGUCCAGUUCUGA